AUGGAUAAUGACCCAGCAUCGGUCGCUGAACAACGCGCCAAUGCGGUCGCAAAGCUCAAACGCGCAGCAUCUUUACCACGACUGAAAAAUGGAAGGCGGCCACAGAUGCACAAUGAAGUUGUUAGCGAAGGCGAGAAAACCCUGCAUGACGACGUUCAGGAUCCAUCGCAGGACACGCCCCCCGAGUGCGUCUCUAAUAUUGACUCCAAGCCGAAUGUACAGCCCGAAGAGAACCCAGGCACACCUGAGCCGUCGAUUGUCACCCGCAAACGCCGCUCACGUUCACGCUCACGUUCUAGGGGCUCUAAGGAUCUCAGAAAAUUCAAACCUCCCCAGUCUCCCUUGCCACUGUCUAUUACGCCGAGCAAUGAUUCUUCUCCUGACGAUUCGCCACCCUCGCGAGCUGAAUACCUUCCGCACUCAAUUCUCGCACCAAUACCCUCCCAUCUCCAUCCGUUACCCACUUCUCCAUUCAUCUUACCAGGUUUCUUGACGGCAGAGAACUCUUCUCUACCUUCUGGUGCUUCUUCUCCUGUCCCAAGAUUUCCCACACUGGAGGCUCUGGUAUCACAUCAAGGGCUUCAGCGAUCAAAUAGCGCAGGUGCAGCCCGCAUGUUAACUCUACAGAACACAUUACAAAAGCUUACGGGCGGCACGGAACUAAUGGAAUCGACAUUUCCGUCGCCAGCGGUAUCCCCACCGCCUUUUGGCAGUAAACUCGGUCGAAACAAUACUGUGUCUGGGGGGGAAAGUAGCGAACGUAGCACUGCCCGAAGGGUUAUGAUGGCACAACUGAACAAGAGGAUGAUCAAGGAGACGGAUAUCGAAGAGGAAGAUGUUCGACCGUUUAGUCCCUCAAAGCGACGCCAGAGAAGACGAUCAAAACGUCAGUCCGCCAAUCCUCCUGUGGUGUCAACCACAGAUGAGUCCGAUCUUGUUUCGACCACCAAUCCCACGCCAAACCGUUCCAACACCCCUCAACCUCAACCCGACGAAUUAGCCCCCAACAUCCAGCGCACAUCGUCCACCACACCCAUACCACCGAUACCAAUAUAUCCUCCGGUAACCCCAAGCAUCAACCUCAAUGAAACUAUCAACUCUAGCCGUCAAUCCACUCCUGUGCGAGCUGUGCCACCUACCCACUUUGAUCACGCGGCCAAGAAAAGACGAGAGAGUGUUCUGAUAGAGGAUCCAGAUGACGAAGACCGGAUCCCCCCGCACUCAACGUAUUAUGGAUUACCGGGCGCUCCGAGUCGGCCCUCUCCUAGCACUUCCCCCCGCCUUCCUCAUUCAUCGGACAUCUCCACUGACUCAGCACCUCCUGAUGCUACGAAUGUGCCAGUAUACCUAGUCCAGCCUCAUCUUGAGAGGACUCCAUCUCGGCAAGCUAGAUUCCCUUCUAGUCCCUUCGCAAGGCCUCACAAGGAGAUAUCGUUAUCAUCUGACCAAGAGGAGGAACGCGAUCAGGAGGAGGAGGAGUUUUUUCCAACAGAAGCUUUUCGACGGUCUCCAUAUCAUGACGGUCUUAACCGAGAAAUCAGUUGGGUGGCAGAGCCGGUGCCAGAAACCCCCAUGCUUGUGCAUGAAGAGACAGAAGAGGAAGAGGACGAUGAUCCGCUGCAGGAGGAGCCGUCUCAGCAAAUCAUAGAAGAUGAAGAUGACCAUCCGCCUCCGGAGUCGCCAAGAGAAGAGUUCCAUACCCAAAUUGAGGAACCAUCAUCUCGGGCAUCUAUUGACUCAAAGGAACUUGUUGUGGAAUUAGGGACCUCUCCUUUGCCUACCCCCGCACUCACGUCGCCGACGCCCUCGUCAUUUGCCAACCUGCCUAAUACCGCUUCCAUGCUCCGCAACAGUGAUGAAUCGGAUUCCCCCCAAUAUCCUCAACGGCUUUCGGUAGCUAUUCGCAUGCAUAGCGAUAAAUCUCCGGUGGCAACUGAGCCUGAGUCGACUGAUCCUCAAACGAUCCGAGCAGAGACUCCCUCCAGGCGCGAAGGUAGCACAUGGAGCAAGAUCGUCCACACUCUGACGAGGAGCGCUUCAAGUAGCGGACGCCGCUCUCGGACGAACUCAAUUGCGACAAGAGAGAGAAGACAGCACACUGAUUCCAGUAUUAGCCGGGAGAGUGGAGUGAGCCUUCCAAGCCCGAAAAUUGAUAAGAACGACAGCAUCAGUUCGGCCACAUACCCACACGCCCAGCCAUCCUCAGCGUCGACUUCGGUACAUUCCUUACUCCAAACCGCUCCUCCCAGCAGCGGGGUAUCUCCUGUCCCUAUGACUCCCUCCACUGAUCCUCUGGCGAAGUACACACACGAAAAGCUUAUGCCUUUCCCUGGGAUCAAGAAGCUGCAAGAGCAAUGGAACCACCGUCAACCUCUCUUUUCAUCUACUCCUGAUAUCGUUCUGUCGCAUCACGUUGAGGCUGAUAUACCGCUGCCCUCGAGUUCAUCCAGCAAUACCCCUUCAAAUUCUCCUGAGAUCAAUGGAGAUAGGAAGCUAUCACACCAGGCAUCAGAUACCCAUCUGUUACACAUCUACAAGGCUCAAGCACCUCAGCUUUCUGCGUCUGCAUCUACAUCCUCUCAUGACCAUUAUCAGCAUUCGCCAUCCUCCAUUCAGCUGAAAUCCCUUCCAACCAACCGAGAUGGGGUCCGGAGAUGGCUCAGUGCUAGGAAAUUAUUUCCCCAACCUUCACAGUCGCCGGUAGGCAGCUCGCCUCCGACGCCUGGUCCGGAGCAGAAACCCGCAGUAGCGUCGAAGAAGCCAUCGCUCUCUGACCUGUUCCGAUUGCGGAAGGAGAAUGAUUUGUCUACCGAGCUUCACGACGAAUGGGUAGAUGUUGAUCGCGAUAAAACACGCUUGCCAAUGGGUUCAGUUGGCAAUGGGCAGCUGAAGAAGGCGAAUGGUGAAUUCUCCCCAAUCAGUCUCAACGGGAGCUCUAUCCACGAUGAGCUUCAGAAGACGCCACGAGCCAGUAAGAUCGCUAAGCCUAACGGCCAGCCAUACUCUGCCACAGACCUUUCUCUAAUACCCCUCACUCCGGCCACCCCUUCUCCCCCUGAGCUUCCAUCGUCCACCACACCUGAGCCAUGGUCUUCACUAUCCGACUACCCCCAUCCCACAACAUCUGAGUCUUCAUCAUCCAACACUUCUUCACAUUAUUCAAAUUACCCUGCGAAAGGCGGCAUACUGUUGGAGCGCUUGAAUGAGAUGCUGGGCCGAGGUUCGAGAAGCACGGUAUGGCUGUCUGCCAUUGAUGAGCCUCCACGGAAGUUUCUACGAUGCUCUCCAGUCUUCCAGGUUGUGAAUUCCAAUAUCUGCAAGGAUCGCUUCCUCUUCCUGUUUAACGACAUCCUCGUCAUUGCCAAACCUCGCCCUGAGGAUUCCGAUACGUUCCUCGAGGUGACGAAGCCUAAUCCUGCUGAUCGGAAGUUCACCGUCAAGAAUGUGGUUUUGCUGCGACAACUCUUCUUCACCAGCGAGCGUGAGGAGCCGUGUUCAAGAACCAUCCCAAGAACCCCUGCAGUGCAAGCAUUCGUCGAGCAGUUCUCAACAGACCCGGAUAAUGCAGUCGCAUCGCUCUUCAGCAGCUUGGGCCAGCGUGACGACCCUGCUGCACUUGCGCAGCUCCUGUUCAGAAGUCCACACAUUGACAGGGUGCAACUCGGUGAUUAUCUGUCGCGGCGUUCAAGUCGUGUUGUGCUCAAGCAUUACCUUGACGCCUUCGGAUUCAUUGGACUGAGGGUGGACAAAGCCCUUCGGUUGUUCCUUCAGUCCAUUCACAUCCCGGAACGGGGCAACCACGGUGUCACUCCUCUCGACGUUCUUAUCGAGUCGUUCGCAAAUCGGUGGUAUGAGGCUAAUGCAGUCCAUAUUUCUUACGACAAAGAUUUGGCCUACCGCUUCGCGAGAGCCAUCGUGCAGCUGAACGACGUCCUGCACGGUGCCAUCUCUCAUGAGCCGGGUCAAAUGGGGCAUCCCAAAAGAAACAUUACUGCCAGAGACUUCCUUGAAGCUUUCCGACGUCAUGAUAAUCGCUUGUCGGACGAGUUAUUGGGGGAUGUCUAUGAUUCCAUUCGUCGCGAGCGUCUGUGCCAAGCGCGCACCCCAACGUCUGGCGGCCCACCAGAGAUCACUGUCACCUUCAAACGCCCACUCCCUCCACGGCUUACCUAUCGAGUCCAGUCAGAGCCAGUCGUCAUCCGUAUCCCACAACCAGAUCCACAUUUCAGUAUUGAGUUAUUUGGACACGAUCUGGUGUUUGACCCACCUGUGCUGUCAUUUGCGAAGUCGGCGGAAGCUUCUUUCCGGGUGACAGGGCGCUCUUUUGGACUGAAGACGAUGACCAUGCUCCGGUCAAGUCCGAAUGCCCUACUGUAUACCGGCCUAGCUCAGAAUUACACUAUAUCAGUGGAGCGUGCUUUCAUGCGCAACACCUUUCAGGUGGCGUUUUUGGAUCACAAUGGGGCCAAGCGCAAAUACAUGUUCAGCGUCACUGACCCUGUUGUUCGUCACGAGUGGGCAGUUUCGCUCAAACGGGAAAUUGAUGCCUCUGUCGCAGCCACUGAUCAUCCAUACAACAUAAGCUGGCCGAACCCGCAGACAGCUCGGUUUUAUAAAGCAUCGUACAACAUGUCAUUCAAGGUGUUGCAAGAUACCCUGCUCAAUCCAUCUGCAUUCCUGGGCAAUUCCAAUCCCUUUCCUUCUAAGGUUGACCAUGCGCUAGAGCGCCUCACAUCCGGCCUUCAUACCCGCGACCAAUCCAAAACUUCUGUUCGACUCGGUGUGGACCGUCCAUCGGAGCCAGUGCGCUCGAAGUCUCGGAGCAAGGUGUACCAUCGCCAUGGACCUGGAAAGAUGGAAUCAGAAAGCAAUAGCCUCAGCUUCCCUCACGAGAGCAGCGAUGAUGGCGGGGACGAUCCUGACACUCAACCCAGAUCGGAUGACCAAUACUGGUCAGGAAAAGAUUUGGCGAUGUAUUGCCAGCAAAACAGCUCUAUCGCCCUUUUGCUAGCAUACCUACAAGUCAGCACACCAGAUGUUAACGGCUCACAAUGA